ACAUAGAGCUAGCAUGUAGCUAGCAUGUAGCUAGCCUAGAGCUAGCAUGGAGCUAACAUGUAGCUAACAUGGAGCUAGCAUGGAGCUAGCCCCCCCGUUGAGAGAACGGAAGUACAAAAACCACUAAAAGCUCCUCCACAUGUCCGUCUUCUCUCAGAGCUUCUCUCCCUGCGGUCGGUUCCUGGCAGCUGGAAACAACUACGGAGAGAUCGGAGUGUUCAGCCUGUCUGCAGCUCUGAGUCCAGACGCCACAGCCCUGAGUCAGAAACCUGUCCUGACGUUCACAGCUCAUGACGGCCCCGUGUUCUCGCUCCUCUCCACCGACUGUCAGCUGCUCAGCGCCGGGAACGGAGAGAUCAGCUGCUGGAGCUGGAGCGAGCUCAUCAAGAAGAAUGUCAAAGCUCUGUGGACGAAAAGACCAAACUACAAAUCCAGUCUGGAGAUCCCAGAGAUCAACUCCAUGAUCAUCAACCACAGAGACAACAGUCUGGUCUUCGGCGGAGGAGACAACAACGUCCACAUCCUGGACCUGGAGCACGGAGUCUUCAAGUCCGUCCUGCAGGGUCACUCUGACUACGUCCACUGUGUGAGCGUGAGGGACAGGGAGGCAGAGAUCCUGUCGGGGGGGGAGGACGGAGCCGUGAGGGUGUGGGACAGCCGGACGGGUCAGUCUGUCCACUGCAUCGAGGUCUACAAGUACGAGAGCUGUGCUCGGCCUCAGUACGGGAAAUGGAUCAGCUGUCUGACGACCGACUCUGACUGGAUGCUGUGUGGUGGAGGUCCGUCUCUGUCUCUGUGGCAUCUCCGCUCUCUGUCUCCGACCUCCGUCUUCCCUCUGACCGGCUGCCAGAGACAGACCGCCUUCUACCAGGACAUGAUCCUGGCGGUGGGUGAAGGCCCGGCGGUGUCUCACUGUCUGCUGGGUGGAGAGGUCAAAGCUCAGAUCCCGUGUACGCCACAGAGCCUCAACACGCUGCAGCUCAACACCAACAGCACCGAGCACAGGGUGCUGACGGUCGGAGGAAGCAGUGAUCACAUCGACGUGUUCACCAACCUGUCGUACAGAACGUUCUCACUCAGCUUCUGACACACACGUGCACGCGCACACACGUACAUGCACACACACACACACACACACACACGUACAUGCACACACACACGUACAUGCACACACACACGUACAUGCACACACACACACACACACGUACAUCCACACAGGUUGAAUGAACGUUUGUGUCUGACAUUUUGAAGACCUUUGUAUCG